AUGAAUGACCAGUCGCCAUUACAUCAUGCCUGUGACUGGAACCGUGUAGAGACCGUAAAAUUGUUGUUGCAAAAAGGAGCAGACGUGAAUACCAAGGACACUUCCGGUUUAUCUCCUUUCCUAGUAGCCGCUGGAUGGGGUAGAGACGAAAUUAUGCAAAUGAUCCUUGCAAAGAGGGUUGACCCGUUGUCUGUUGAUGAAUUUGAACACAAUUUUCUGCAUAUUUGUGCGGCGAACGGACGCACUGGCGUUAUGAACGCCGUAAUGAGCCGUUUUCCAAAUGAAAUCAAACCAAUUUUGAUAGCAAGAAACAAAUAUGGCUGGACGCCGCUGGACUUUGCGAUAAAAUGCGGCCAUCUUGGCGUUACAAAGCUUUUGGUCCGCACAAUUCUGCAGAUCGAUAAACAAAAACCCGGACACAAAGCGUUCGUUCAUACACGGUUCAAUAUAGUAAAACCUGAAGACUUGGGCCAAAAUGAAAAAUUCUUGCAAAGAUUUGUUGACAUUGAUCUGGAGAAGGUUUGCUUUCAGAUCCCCCGAGGAAAGUGGUACAUUGAGGCUGGGACUCAAGACGAUUACGACAAAGUUGUACAUUUUGUAUCAAAGUAUGAAGACAGGCUGAAAUUACGUUUUGCAAAGAAUUGA